GACAGAGUGAGCGUGCAAACACGACAUAGACAAAGCGAACCACGUUAGAGAAAAAGCCAUUGGUCGGUUGGUAAUGUUCUCCAGCUGCAGAGAGACUUACACACACAAACGCCACCCUUUCAAUCUAAGACUCACUGACCCCUCCAUUCUCUCUCUCUCUCUUACUUCUCUUAUCUUCCUAAUCAAAAUCCCAUUUUUUCUUCCAAACUAAUUUCUCUCUGCAUAUUUUCCUAAGAACAAUCUGUAUCUCUAUCACUCUCCUUCAUCCACAUGAGGAAGCUCUGUCCCAAUUUAGAUCGCGAAGAUGGUCUCGAAACCGUUCUCGAAGUCCCAAUCCCGGAAGAAAUGUUUGCUUCUGCUAACAAGAACACCACUCUAUCAUGGCAGAACAUGAAGUCCUGGGUGAGAUCUUCCAACUCGGAGCGAUCACAGGCUUCCAUGACUGCCCUUUUCGGCAGCCGGAACGCAGAGAUCCAGCUCUUGCUCGGAGUCGUCGGAGCUCCAUUGAUUCCUCUUCCCAUUUCAUGCGAUCACCAACCCAUUAACCGAAGCAUCAAAGAUCAUCCCAUUGAGAGUUCAAUGGCGAAAUACAUCGUAAAGCAAUAUGUAGCGGCGGUAGGGGGAGAGAAGGCGUUGAAUUCGAUAGAGAGUAUGUAUGCGAUGGGGAAGGUGAAAAUGGCGGCGUCGGAGUUUUGCUCGGGAGAAGGAAAUAUGAACGGGAAGGCGAUGAAGGUGAAGAGCUUGAGAUCGCAUGGUGGAGGGGAGAUGGGUGGUUUCGUGCUUUGGAAGAAGAGACCGGAGCUCUGGUGUUUGGAGCUGGUGGUUUCCGGCUGCAAGAUCAGCGCGGGGAGUGAUGGAAAAGUGGCUUGGAGGCAGACACCUUGGCACCAUUCUCACGCGUCUCGGGGCCCACCUCGUCCUCUCAGGCGUUUCUUACAGGGUCUUGAUCCAAUGUCAACUGCGAAUUUGUUUGCUAAUUCCGUUUGCAUGGGUGAGAAGACGAUCAAAGACGAAGACUGUUUCAUACUGAAACUCGAAGCUGAGCCAUCCGCACUCAGAGCAAGAAGCAGUAGCAAUGUAGAGAUAAUAAGGCACACAGUUUGGGGAUAUUUCAGCCAAAGAACAGGUCUCUUAGUACAGCUAGAAGACUCCCACUUACUGAGAAUAAAAACUUCAGGGAAUGAUAGCAUUUUCUGGGAGACAACAAUGGAGUCGCUGAUACAAGACUAUCGAACCAUCGACGGUGUCAACAUAGCGCAUGGCGGACGGACUAGUGUCUCGUUGUUUAGGUUUGGAGAGAACUCAGAAGGCCAUUCAAGAACUCGAAUGGAAGAGGUUUGGGCAAUUGAGGAAGUGGACUUUAACAUAAAGGGGUUGACCAUGGAUUGCUUUUUGCCGCCUGCGGACCUACAGAAAGAUCAGGAAGAAGGAUGUGCGAUUGUGAGUUGUACUAUUAGUAGCGCAGCAAAGUUACCAUUCAAGAUUCGAUCAGCUUCUUCUAGGAUUAGUGCUUCCAGUGUAGCUGCUAUUGAUCUUGAUGACCCCCACAGCAUGUCUAGUGGGAGUGAUGAUGAAGAGCUGUAAAUCUUUUUCUCUUUUUGGAUCUUGAUUUUGGAUUUUUAAUUUGUACAUAGCUAGUUACCAUUAUAUGAUAUAUGAUAUUAUAUGCUUUGUUUAAUUAGUUAAUAUACAUAUUUGUUAACAGAA